UGCUAUCACAUCACUCCUGCAAAGACAGAACACUUGCAAAUUAUCCUUUUCUGGUGUAACAGGGAUACAGAGAGAAUUACUACCAACAGCUGAUAUCCUCAAUUUGAGUAAACUAAGGUUGAAAGGAGAACCAUGACAGCUGAGAAGACAAUACCUGUAAUUAAUGGCAAAGCAGAAGACACUUUGGAUCCAGAGAUUUCAAGCACUAAUGUGGUACAAAGCAAUGACAAGAAAGUGAAUGAAAGGGGUCACUGGAAUAAUAAGGUGGAAUUUGUUCUGUCAGUGGCUGGAGAAAUUAUUGGACUUGGAAAUGUAUGGAGGUUUCCCUAUCUUUGCUACAAAAAUGGAGGAGGUGCAUUCCUUAUUCCCUACGUGGUGUUCUUCCUCUUUUGUGGAAUACCAGUAUUUUUUCUGGAGACUGCACUGGGGCAAUUUACUAGUGAAGGAGGCAUUACAUGCUGGAGAAAAGUCUGCCCCUUAUUUGAAGGAAUCGGCUAUGCUACCCAAGUCAUUGAGGCACAUUUAAAUGUCUACUAUAUAAUCAUUUUAGCAUGGGCUAUUUUCUACCUCUUUAAUUGCUUUUCUGCGGAACUUCCAUGGGCAACAUGUGGACACAAGUGGAAUACAGAUAACUGUGUGGAGUUUCAAAAACUGAAUAUGAGUAAUGGAAGUCAUCUUUCCUUUGUCAAUGCUACAUCACCUGUAAUGGAGUUUUGGGAACGCAGAGUGCUAGCCAUCUCUGAUGGCAUUGAACACAUUGGCAAUCUCCGUUGGGAAUUAGCAUUAUGCCUUCUUGGUGCGUGGACUGUUUGCUAUUUCUGUAUUUGGAAAGGCACAAAAUCAACUGGAAAGGUGGUCUAUGUUACUGCAACUUUUCCCUAUGUCAUGCUGAUUAUCCUCUUGAUCCGUGGAGUUACUCUGCCUGGUGCAAGUCAAGGAAUUAAGUUCUACCUAUAUCCUGAUUUAUCCCGACUGUCAGAUCCACAGGUGUGGGUAGAUGCAGGCACCCAGAUCUUCUUUUCCUAUGCCAUCUGCUUGGGCUGUUUAACCGCCCUGGGGAGUUACAACAGCUAUAACAAUAACUGCUACAGAGAUUGCAUUCUACUUUGCUGCUUAAAUAGCGGAACCAGUUUUGUAGCCGGAUUUGCCAUAUUUUCUGUCCUGGGUUUUAUGGCUUAUGAACAAGGAGUACCAAUUGCUGAAGUUGCAGAAUCAGGGCCAGGUCUUGCUUUUAUCGCCUAUCCAAGGGCUGUGACCAUGAUGCCUCUUGCUCCCCUGUGGGCUGCCCUGUUUUUCCUGAUGUUGAUAUUUCUUGGUCUUGACAGUCAGUUUGUAUGUGUGGAAAGCCUGGUAACUGCGGUAGUGGAUAUGUACCCAAAGACAUUCCGAAGAGGGUAUCGCAGAGAGUUAUUAAUUUUAGCACUUUCAAUUGUUUCUUUCUUUGUUGGGCUGAUAAUGUUAACUGAGGGUGGAAUGUACGUUUUUCAACUGUUCGAUUCAUAUGCAGCUAGCGGAAUGUGUCUUCUCUUUGUUGCAAUAUUUGAAUGUGUCUGCAUAGGUUGGGUUUAUGGAAGCAAUCGGUUUUAUGAUAAUAUCGAAGAUAUGAUAGGACAUCGACCAGUUGUGUUAAUAAAAUGGUGUUGGAUGUUCUUCACCCCUGGAAUUUGUGCUAGUAUCUUCAUAUUUUUCUUGGUGAAAUACAAACCUCUGAAGUACAAUAAUGUUUACACAUACCCUCCGUGGGGUUAUGGGAUAGGCUGGAUGAUGGCUUUAUCCUCCAUGGUCUGCAUUCCUUUGUGGAUACUAGUGAAAAUGUGGAAAACGGAAGGAACUUUUUCUGAGCGGUGGAAGACGUUGAUAACGCCCAGUCCUGACUUAAAAAUGAGAGGAAAACUUGCUGCAGAAACAUGCGCCAAUGCAGUAAAUGACUGUGAGACAAAACUUACAGGUGAUGGAAACAUCUCAGCCAUUACAGAGAAAGAAACACAUUUCUAAAAGUUUUUUUUUCUUGUUGUUGCUAUUCUUUUGUAAAAUAAGAAUAUAAAAAAAUAUACUUCAUUCGAUUCUAGAGGUUCACUCGUUUCGCACAAAUUUUAACAGGUUCAUUUUAAAGUGCACAUUGUAUACAAGUGAGUUUUUUUUAUUAUAUAAAUGACUUAUUGAAAAACAUUAGUGUAUGGUCUUUUUAGUGCCAAAUUUAUGUAAUAUUGUGAUACUGGUAACUGUUUUCUAGAUAUUUAGAAACUGUAUAGUGUGUUGUAAAUUUUUUAUACUUGGCCUUUUGAAGCAUGGUGUUUAAAUAGACUAUCUUAUAAUCUGUACACAUUUCAGACCAUUCCAAUUUGUGAUGUAUGUCUAUAAAGAGGCACAUUUCCAGAUGUCUGUGUGUGUUUUUAAACCUUUUUAAUAAAUAUGUGUAUAAUAAUUAAUUUCUUUGUAAAUUGCUAAAUUUUAUUCAAUAUAGAUGUGUGAGAAUUCAGGAGAGCUGUCUAAUAUAAAAGCAUAAUUAAACUGAAGGGUAGUAGAAGAGUAUGGCUAAAUGGGGACAACUGAACCUAUUCAACUGGGGAGUCUUUGUUAAUACAAGGUGCACAUUUACUACAUACAAUUAACUAUAUGUGCCAUCACUGGAUGCAUUUGUUUCUCUGUAGUCCAGAGAUCUUAAACUUGGUCCUUUAGUAGUAAUUCUAAAUGAGAUGUAGGAUUUCUCCAUUUGAUGAGUAAUAAGUAUAAUAUGCAGUGAAGCUAGCACUCCUGCCUAUUAGAUCUUUACAAAGUCAAAAAUGUAUACGAUACUAAAGGUCCAAUAAAACAGUAGAAAAUACUGACAUGUCCAUAUUAAAAAGGCCAAUUCUUUUAUCAGUUAUUUCUGAUAAGAUGGAAGCCAGCUUAAAAGUGUUAAGCAAAAAGUGAACUAACUUAUAAACAUUUGCGAGGUACGAGGCAGAUAUUUUUUUCUCACCUGACUACUAUUGGCCAAAAAUCUGUCAACUCCCCAUAAUGUUUUACGAAAAAACAUGAAAAUGAACAUUUUUAAAAAGCAUUUUUUCUAUCAUUUUAUAUUGCUUGAAACAAACAAACAAAAAAAAGACUCAUACAAUAUAGCAUAAUAAGAGAGAAAAAAAAACAAUUCUAGUACAAGUAGUGGACAGGAAAAUAAAAGAGCGAGGGUUAGACAGAGAGCACAGGGAAAGAGUAAUAGUUUUAAAAAAAAAUUUGAGGGGAAAAAAAGGAAGAAGAGGGAAACAAUGAUAAUGGAGGGAGCAGAAUGUUUAGUGUUGCACCUGUAAUGGUGCUGAUAAAGAAAGUCAGAGGUGAAUGAAAUCGGAAAUGGACAUAUUCUUGCAUGAUCAGUAAUCGCCUAGCUGGUGGCCAUAAAACCGAACAGUGAUAUUUUACAUACAGAAUUAUAAAUAAUAUGUAAAUCUGGCUACGAUGCAUAUGCAAAAUGCUAGUUUAACCCCUUAAGGACACAACUUCAGAAAUAAAAGGGAAUCAUGAUGGAAUAUUUCCGUCAUGUGUCCUUAAGGUGUUAAGGAAGUUGAUAAUCUUUUAAAUGCUCUAAAUGCCCUGGCAACUAUUUUUUACACAACCGAUGGUGAUAACAUAGCACAAAAGUGCACAAAAAUAGUACAUAAGUGCCAUGACAAUAUGAACGUUAUAAAUCAA